UAACGUACUUUCGUUAUUUUUCGUUCCUUGUGAUACGGAGCUCGUUAUUGUAGUUCUCCUUUCGACAAUUCCUUGAAAGUCUUCGUAAUUGUCGCCGUCGCUUGGCACGUGGUAACAAGAAAAUCAACGACGUUACGCGGAUUGGACUUUUAUAGUGGAAAGGAUAUACGAGUUAUUUCACUUUUUUUCUUGUUUAAUUUUGUUUUCCUAAAUUUUUUUGUCAAACCGGUUGGUUUAUUCGAUACCAUCAUCUCGUAUUUAUCGGUUAAUUUACGACUGUCUUUUUUUUGUUUUCGUGUUGACGAAUCUUCAUAAAGGGUCGUGUUGAUUAGUUUACAUUUCUCGACGUUUCUGCCCUCAAUUCGUAUUAUUUUUAAUAAUUGAUAUUUUGGCCGUAACCUUCAUUGUCUUUUAAGUUGUUUCUCUUCCCCCGCAUUAUUUUUUUCCAUUUUUGUGCAUUUUUUCAUCAUGCCGACAUCGCACCUUCCUUCUGGAGCUUCCCCGUCUCAUAAUCCCCAGUCAGUUUCGGGCAUCGUUCCCAUUUCCGCUCCUAAUUCUGGCCUUUCUAAUCCUGUACAGAAAGUUAUCACAUCAGAAAACCCAUCAUCCUUUCCGGCCGCCUAUCCGGCUUACUAUCCUUCUGCAAUUCCUCCAAAUACCCUGUCCCAUCCCGCUCAUAUUCCUCGUACCUCUCUACAUCCUAUGCUGUCUCAACAACACCAACAGACACAACACCAACAACCCCAGCCGCCGUCUCAGCCAGGGUCCCAGUCUGCUCAGCAACAAGCUGCUGCGACAUCUAUGCAUCAACCUUCACCUUCUAUUCUUCCGCCUUCCCAGCAUAAUUCCCAGAAUUUGCCAAUGCAUGCUUCUUAUCCCGAUGCCAUGAUGCAUUUGCAACACGUUGUAUCUUCUCAACAAUAUCGCCAGCUUCCACCUACCGUUCUGUCUGCUCCUGAUCAACAGUCCUCACAAAUGCAGCGUUUAAUGCCGGUUCAACUUCCUUCCAAUCCCGCUGCACCUGUUCAGCAAGUCCCUGUACCUUCUUCCCAUUAUCUUCCCCAGUUUGUUCAACAACAGCGAUCCAUGCAUCCCUCAAACAACGUGAAUGCUACUCCCCCGAACGCUCCUCCUUCUAAACCUCCUAUGUCUAAUAUCGUAUCUCAAAAUGGUACUUAUUACUCUAUCCCUUCUGUUCCUCAUCCCGUUCAAAACCCUACGAUGGGCGUAGCAGCCCCUUCUACAACAGCAGAGCCUCCUUCUGUGACAAAUCCAUCGGCGCCUUCCCAACCUGCUACCGCUCCUACUCAUUCCAUCAACCAAAUGGCUCCUAAUCCAUCCAAUGUUUCGUCCUCUCUUCCCGUCCAUGUUGCUGCACCACCCUCCGUCAAUGCCAAUCCUCAACCUCCUGCUUCUGUUCCUGUGACGUCUCAUCCUCCUCCUCCUUCAGCAACACUGACGAGUGUUAUGCCGCCGAAUGCCCCAGAAUCUGUGCGGAAACUCAUAUCACUUAACGAGGAAGCAUGGCUACAAAUUGGCCACCUUGCUGAACUAUAUGAUGAUUCUGACAAGGCUCUGACCGCUUACGAGGCUGCUCUUCGUCAAAAUCCUUACUCUAUUCCUGCUAUGCUUCAAAUUGCUACACUUUUAAGGAACCGUGAACAAUUUCUCCUUGCUAUUGAAUAUUACCAAACCAUACUCGACCUUGAUCCAAAGCAAGGAGAAAUUUGGAGCGCUUUGGGCCAUUGCUACUUAAUGCGGGAUGAUUUAUCUCGUGCAUACUCUGCUUAUCGUCAGGCCUUGUAUCAUUUGAAGGAUCCUAAAAAUCCAAAACUUUGGUACGGUAUUGGCAUACUUUACGAUCGCUAUGGAUCUCACGAGCAUGCUGAGGAAGCCUUUACACAAUGUCUUCGCAUGGACCCCAAUUUCGAAAAGGUAAACGAAAUUUAUUUCCGUCUUGGCAUCAUUUACAAACAACAACAUAAGUUUGCGCAAUCUCUUGAUUUGUUUCGAUAUAUCUUGAACCACCCGCCUAAGCCUCUUACUGUUUUAGACAUUUAUUUCCAAAUUGGUCACGUCUAUGAGCAGCAAAAGGAGUACAAGCUUGCUAAGGAGGCUUAUGAACGAGUUUUGGCUGAGACUCCAAACCAUGCAAAAGUUUUACAGCAGUUAGGCUGGCUAUGCCAUCAACAAUCUUCUUCUUUCACAAAUCAAGAUUUGGCUAUUCAAUACCUUACCAAGUCUUUGGAAGCUGAUGACACGGAUGCGCAAUCUUGGUAUUUGAUUGGACGUUGCUAUGUUGCUCAACAAAAGUACAACAAAGCUUACGAGGCAUAUCAACAGGCUGUUUACCGUGAUGGUAGAAAUCCAACUUUUUGGUGUUCAAUCGGUGUCUUGUAUUAUCAAAUUAACCAAUAUCAGGAUGCUUUGGAUGCUUAUUCACGUGCAAUCCGCUUAAAUCCUUAUAUAUCGGAGGUAUGGUACGACUUAGGUACAUUAUAUGAAAGUUGCCAUAACCAAGUUAGCGAUGCUUUGGAUGCAUACCAGCGUGCUGCUGAAUUAGAUCCUAGCAAUCCUCACAUCCGUGCUAGGUUGCAACUUUUGCGUGGCUCUAGCACCGAUCAACACAAACUUGCCUCCUCAGCAGCGCCGCCUGCUAUUGCAAACCAGAAUGCUAAGUUUGUAGGACAGCCUGCUUCUGUGUAUCCGGGCGGACUACCUGCUCCCCCCGCUUCUUCUAAUUGGCAAGUUCCUCAGGUUCAGAUGCAAUCCCAGGCAAUGAACCAGCCCCAACCUCAAUCGUUUGUUACUCAAGCUUAUGGUGGUAAUAUGGCACUUACAAACGGCGUUCAGCAUGGAUACACAAAUGCGGUACCGCAACAGUCCCCAAGUUCUGUCUCGGCCUUAGGACCUGCUGUUAACCAGACAUCACCUACUCAACAGAUGACCCAGCAAACUAAUUCUGCUACGGCUGUUCCCGCUGGUAUGUCUAACCGUAGCAGACCUUCUAUAAGUAACGCUCCUAUUUCAAAAUCGCCGCAGAUCAAGAACUCGGAACAAUCACGUUCUCGACAUAAUUCUAUUUCAGCGGCUGUUGGACAGGAACGAAGCAACUCCAUAUCCAGUCGUCCUAAAGAACAAAAAGGUGCAAUCUCGACUAUUGACCAGAGGGAAAGACAGAGCGGAUCACCAAAGGAUUCGUUAAAGAAAGCUGAUGCUAUUGCUAUGCCAAAUGAAUCUCCUAAAAGUGCUGAGACCAGCUUUGACCAGAGUGUUGUGGGUCAAGAAACUACACAAGAAGUUCCGGCUGAAAAAAGCAAUAAACGACAUCUUCCAUCUAACGAGAAGAGAACUGAAGAAGCACCCCUUAAACCUCAAUCUCCUGAAGGCGUAAAGAGGCAGAAAGUAAUUGAAGACGAAACGCAAGACAAUGACGCUAAAGCAAAUACCGAGAGGAUUUCUCCAAAGUCUAGCCCUGUAAACCCUGUUGAAGAGGUCGAGCAUGAACAAGAAUCAGAAAGCCGAGAAAGUUCAGAAGAACGCAGUCAAAAUGGGGAAAAUUCUGUGUCUGAACAAAAAAAUAAAUCCCGAAGCCCUAAACAAACUGCUCGUACACUGGAUGUUGAUGAGGAUUAUGAUGAGGAAGAGGUUGACAGGGAUACGGCACAUGAUUAAUGUGCAAUUUUUGUCCUCAAAGUAGGCCCAGUGUUGGAGGCUUUAAUGAUGUUUGCGACGAACUUUGCCAUGAAUAUCUAUUUAUAUCGCAGCUUGAUUCAUUCUAAUUUUGCUUAUAUUAUCAUUUCUUUAUGAAGUGUAUUGGCCUUUAUAUAUUACUGUUAAUCUUUAUUCCUUUCUCGUUUUUGUUUUGGUAAUGUAUAUAGAUUUCAAUUUUCAUUUCUCUAAUAUUACCUUACGACGAUGUACUUUUCCAAUUCUAGAGUUUAGAAAAUAUAAUUGUUACAAGUAGCCUAAAAAAAAUAAAAAACAAAAUGGAUCAACGGGA